AUGAGCAAACGUCAGAAAGUUCAACUCGCUGUGAGUGCGUUAAAACGAUUGUACCCCUUAGAGCUUGCUGACUCAUCCUGGGACAACACUGGAUUACUGGUGGACUCCUCAGGGGUUAAUUCCAGUUCUACGCCUCUUUCUAUACUGUUGACGAUCGAUCUUACCAGCAAAGUUGCUCAAGAGGCAAUCAAGAGCAAGACCGACUUGAUUGUUGCCUAUCAUCCGUUCAUAUUCAGACCACUCAAGAGUAUCACUCCGAGCGGAGGAUCUCAACAGGAUUCCUUGAUCCAAUUGAUUGCUAAUGGAGUUUCAGUGUAUUCCCCACACACUGCAGUGGAUGCUGUUCAGGGGGGAGUCAACGACUGGCUUUGUGAGGCUUUGGAAUCCAACCCCACUCGAUCAGUCAUUGAGCCAUCAAAGGUAACAGAGGGCGCUGGUAUGGGGAGAGUGGUUACGCUAAGUCAGCCUACCGAUAUUGUGGAUUUGGUGAAGCGUAUCAAGGAGCAUCUGGAGUUGCCAUACAUCCAGCUGGCGACUCCUCCGGUUCUUAAUUCGAACUUGCCCCCGAGAGUUGAGACAGUGGCAAUCUGUGCCGGCUCUGGCUCGUCAGUGUUCAGCGGAGUCAAGGCUGACCUGUAUUUUACCGGGGAAAUGUCACAUCAUGAAACGUUAGCUUUAGUGGAAAGUGGGUCAUAUGUGAUUACAUGCAACCACUCAAACACAGAGAGAGGAUACUUGAAGGAGAUGAAGGCAAAACUAGAAGAGGAACUGCUAAAGCAAGGAUUAAAGUACAAUGUAGAUAUCAGUAGAGAGGACAGGGAUCCCUUAGUAGUUGUAUAG